CGCGCAUCCUCGGCCCUCUCCCGCGCACUCUACUGGGUCUGCUGCCUCCUGCUCCUCUGCUCUCGGUUCCGCUCCGUUGAGCUCCAGCGGCUGUGCUCCAUCUGUUACGCUCUUUGAUCAGGCGCGGGCCGCCAUGAGGCUGCGGGGUCGCGGGCCGCGGGCUGCCCCCUCCUCCAGCUCUGGGGUAGGCGACGCGCGACGGCUAGCGCCCCCGGGGCGGAACCCCUUCGUGCAUGAGCUUCGACUGAGCGCCCUGCAGAAGGCCCAGGUGGCUUUCAUGACGUUGACACUGUUCCCCAUCCGGCUCCUGUUUGCUGCUUUCAUGAUGCUGCUGGCCUGGCCCUUUGCACUCGUGGCCUCCCUGGGACCUCCUGAUAAGGAGCCAGAGCAGCCCCUGGCCUUAUGGAGGAAGGUCGUGGACUUCCUGCUCAAGGCCAUCAUGCGCACCAUGUGGUUUGCUGGUGGCUUCCACCGUGUGGCUGUGAAGGGGCGGCAGGCCCUGCCUACUGAGGCCGCUAUCCUCACGCUGGCGCCACACUCCUCCUACUUUGAUGCCAUCCCUGUCACCAUGACCAUGUCCUCCAUUGUGAUGAAGGCGGAGAGCAGAGACAUCCCAAUCUGGGGAACUCUCAUAAGGUACAUCCGGCCGGUGUUCGUGUCCCGGUCUGACCAGGACUCUCGAAGGAAGACAGUGGAGGAGAUCAAGCGACGGGCACAGUCGAAUGGAAAGUGGCCUCAGAUAAUGAUUUUUCCAGAAGGAACAUGUACAAAUAGGACCUGCCUCAUUACCUUCAAACCUGGUGCAUUCAUUCCUGGAGUUCCUGUCCAACCCGUGGUGCUACGCUACCCGAACAAAUUGGACACCAUCACGUGGACGUGGCAAGGACCUGGAGCGUUGAAAAUCCUGUGGCUCACUCUGUGCCAGUUUCAAAACCACGUGGAAAUUGAGUUCCUGCCUGUGUAUUGCCCUUCUGAGGAGGAGAAGAGGAAUCCCGCCCUGUAUGCCAGCAAUGUACGGCGUGUCAUGGCCAAGGCCCUGGGUGUCUCAGUAACUGACUACACAUUUGAGGACUGCCAGCUGGCUCUGGCAGAAGGACAGCUUCGCUUGCCUGCUGACACCUGCCUACUAGAGUUUGCCAGACUUGUGAGGGGACUUGGACUAAAGCCAGAAAACCUUGAAAAAGAUCUAGACAGAUACUCAGAGAGCGCAAGGGUAAAGAAGGGAGAGAAGAUCGGGCUUCCAGAGUUUGCAGCCUACUUGGAAGUCCCUGUCUCAGACGCACUGGAAGACAUGUUCUCGCUGUUUGACGAGAGCGGUGGUGGUGAGAUAGAUCUUCGUGAAUAUGUGGUCGCCUUGUCCGUGGUGUGCAGGCCAUCCCAGACCCUGGCCACCAUGCAGCUGGCAUUCAAGAUGUAUGGAUCACCUGCAGAUGGCAGCAUCGAUGAGGCCGCCCUGUCCUGCAUCCUCAAGACCGCACUGGGUGUAUCAGAACUAAGAGUGACUGACUUGUUCCAGGCUAUCGACCAGGAGGAGAAGGGGAGAGUCACAUUUGAUGACUUCCGUGGGUUUGCAGAGGUGUGCCCUGACUUCGCAGAGGACUAUUUGUACCCCGAUCAGACACAUUUUGACAGCUGUGCACAGACACCCCCAGCACCAACUCCCAAUGGCUUCUGCAUUGACUUCAGCCCUGAAAACUCAGACUUUGGGAGAAGGAAUUUUUGUAAGAAAGUGGACUAGAAUGGAAGAUUCUGGAGGGACGAGGCGCCCCCUGCGUCACCGCCUGCCUGCAGUAGCCUGGGGCCUGCUUGUGUGUUGCGCCGUCUGCGUUUCUGUCUUCUCAUGUCUACAGACGUGAGGUGCAGAGGAUUUUCCCUGUCUUUUGUUUUCUGUCAGGUCUGUUUAGGGCCCAGCCGGGCAUCUGCAGGGAAGCUGCGUGUGUGCCCAUAUGCCCGUUGCAGCAGGCAGGCAGGUGGGGGCUCAGGCCGCCCUGUGGGGCAGGACUCCACAGGCGGGGUGGGCACAGGUCUGGCUGUGGCUCACCUGGGACGCACUGGUCCUGAGCUUGUGCCAGGCUUUCCCUUCUUUGUCUGUCUGUGCUCAGUGAGGGGCCUCUGCACAACACUGCACACAUCUAUCCUGGAAUAUUCACCUCGCCCCGACACCUCUCACUCAGUGUGCUGGGGCACCAUCCGAUUCUAAGUGUUUCCGUGUCUGUGCAGGAGCUCGUGACUAUUUUAUAAACCUUAGGUACUUUGGAAAACAUUCAACAUUUUUUAAAAAAGAAAAAAAGAAAAAUUUGGUUUUCUACUUCAUUUUUUGUGUUAACAUGAGGAUAUUUAUUUCCAGGCUUGUUUUUGGUAGUCUCUAAGACUGUCUCUGGUGGCCACAGUAAAAAGGGCCUCUCUGUCCUCUUCCCACUUAGGUCAUGGGAUGUUUAACCACGAAGACUGGCCCAGAAUUAUUUUUUUCCUGUGUUCUUUAAGCCUUCCUGAAUCCCCCCAUUGGUUUUUUUGUUUUUUGUUUUUUUGUUUUUUUUUUUUUUUUGGUUUGUUUGUUUUGUUUUGAUGAACGUUGCCAGUUUGGUGUUUCAGUUUCAGUAUAACAAAAUCUACUUCAUGUAACUAGUGAAAGCACUGAAUGUGGGUAAAGAACCAGGCGGGGGGGAAGAGACCGGAAGGCAUUGCCUCGUUCUUAUCCUGCCAGUCUAAUUCUUUGAGCAGACACACAGAUGGUCCAGGGGUACUGCCCAAAGCCCACCACCCCCUCUUUGCACCAGUUACCAUGGUGACUUGGGAACAGCAGCCACCCUCUGAGCACAGGUGGCCUUUCUCUGUGAAGGUAACAGGCUGCAGGGGACAGGCCACACAACUGUGCCCCACCCCACAUGAAGUCAGGAAGGAACAGGGUCCAUGUUGCCUUUGGCAUUACCUGGUUUCAUCUUUUCUUUCUUUUUUUAAUGAUAAACUCAUCUUUCAAGCGCAGGGGGUGGAGAUUUACUUUGUUUCCUCAGUAAGGGUUGCUUUGCAAUUUUGUUUCUUACUCCUAAAUUAGAUUUUACAGAAAAUGACCACCAGGCCAGUAAGUGCAGGAACAGGUGUUUUCUAACUUUCUCAGAGAGUUACUGUGUGCUUUUUCCCAGGAGAAAUCCAUAGACAGAACCUCUCAACCUCAGUCACAUAGCACCACACUGCCGCAGGAAGGGCAGGGAGACUGGUUUCUGGGCUCUUAGCUUCUUAGGUAUGAAUGAAAUGUGAAUACAGACUUUGUAGCUAACGGGUUGGUUUUUAUAACUGUAGAGUACAACGUUUUAGAUGAGAAAAGCCACCAAAAGGCCAAUGAAGGAGACUCCUGGACUAAGAUGUCCCGAGGCUGGGUUCUGCCCUGCCAAUCUGCAGGUGACGGAUUCCUGUGGAAUGCCCCUGGGCAUGUGGAGGGAAUCCUGAGCAGACCUGGGACGGAUGUUCAUUCUCCUGAUUCUCUUGCUAGUAACCUCAGCCCGCGCAUCAGAACUGUGAAUGUACAUAGCAGGCAGGAGCAGGGGCAGGGCCCACCCUGCCUGCAGUCUCCUUUGGGGUGCGGUCUCCAGGUUUCCAGUGGAAUAAACACAGCACAACGCAAACAUU